AUGAAGAGGUCUUGUGUGGAAAAAGCGAAAGUUGAGAGCACAAGAAAUCCAAAUUGGCUUCAACUUCCAAUAGACUUGAUAAGGAACAUCCUUCAAAGACUGGAUACUGUUGAAAUUGUAACAAGUGCACGUAAUGUUUGUCCUCUGUGGUGGCACAUUUGCAAGGAUCCUCUAAUGUGGCGUACCAUUCACAUUAGUAAUAUCAAUGUUAUUCCAUUAGAUUAUCAUUGUUUACAUAAGAUUUAUGGCCAUGCCAUUGAUCUAAGUCGUGGUCAUGUAGAAGACAUUAGUCUUGAAUUAUUUGGGACCGAUGACAUUCUCAAAUAUACUGCUCCUAGUCCUAGGGCAAGUCACUUGAGACGAUUACGAAUUAAGUAUUUGGUAGAAUUUUCUGAUAAAAGGUUGAGUGAAUUUGUGAAGGAGUUUCCACUAUUAGAGGAGCUUACCAUUACAUUUAAGAACAACACCAUAUCAAGGGAUUCUCUUGAAGUCAUUGGUCGUUGUUGCCCUCGUUUGAAAUCAUUAAACCUUUGGAGGCUGAUUUACCCUUGCGUCGAGUAUAAGUAUAAUGAUGUGGCAUUUGCUAUUGCAAAAACAAUGUCCGGGCUACGACAUCUUAAAUUGUCUGGAAUUUGGCUCAAGAGUGUUGAGUUGCUUGCCAUUCUUGAUGAUUGCCCUCUUCUUGAAUCUCUUGAUUUACUAGGCAUGAUUGUGAUGCCGAUGAAUGAUAAUGUUGAGGGUGGUGGUGUAGCUUAUGUGGCCACUAUUGAAGAUGCUAAUGAUGAUGAUUAG